UGUUUACUUCCUCCCAUUCAGGAUAAGCCUUUAAAUUUAUUCUCCUGCCCUUUCUCUUUCUUAUCUUCUUCUCCAUUUUAAUUCACCCGUCUACGUCUUUGCAUCCCAUCAUCUCACCAAUGCCGCUCGUUCUUUCCCUCCCCGAUUAAUACUUCCCAUACCCUUCUCAUGUCGAUUGCCUUUCGGACUUCUGGGGAUUCCGUCCAGCCUUCUGAAUUUAUCCAUCGGAUGCCGCCCUUUAUGGGGGCUUUUUCACAAGAUCACCGGUUUCCGGCUGCGGAGAGAGGGCGGGACGAUUUGGAUGAUUCUUCUAGCUCUUCGUCGAUCGGGAGGAAUAGUGAUCAGUCGGAUGGAGAGGAUUCCGGCCAGGAUUUUGACAAUUCGGAGGUUCAGAGCUCGUAUAAGGGGCCUUUAGAUACCAUGGAUGCUUUAGAAGAGGUUUUACCUAUCAAGAGAGGCAUAUCAAAGUUCUACCAUGGCAGAUCAAAGUCGUUCACAAGUUUCGCAGAUGUAUCUUCUGCUUCUUCUAUUAAAGAUUUUGCAAAACCGGAAAAUCCCUACAACAGGAAGCGCAAGAAUCUAUUAGCUCGCAACAAUUUCGGGGAUAAGAAUUGCAAUUACCCUCCCAAAGAUGAUGCAAGUGGGAUAUCAAAAAGACUAGCAAACUCUGAUCGAAGUACGUCAGCUCUUUGUUCAACCAUAAACUGCUCUAAAAACAAUAGUAAAAGGGGGGAUUCUCAUCCAUUGCCAUCAUCACCUUCUUGUCUUCCACCCCUGCAUCCGCAAGGAAAAUCAUCACUCAACGUUGGAUCAUGUUCUCCGCUACCUCAAAGGAGUUCCCAUUGCCGUUCAUUCUCCCUUUCUGAUAUACAGUUUGCUGCUGCUCCUGCUGCAACUCAUAAUAACUAAUUUAACAAUUUGUUGUGACAACAUUGACAAUAUAUGUCGACAUCUAGCUUUCGUUGGCUUCCCACUGUGAGUCUGGAAGUUGGAAACACUAGUUCAGAGUGUUGAAGUUUGUAGGGAGUUGAUGGUUCUGCUUCCGCCUUUUGUUCUUGCGGAUUUAGGCAUACCAUGUAUGUGCAUUUUAAGAAGUUGCACGCAGAUGCUAUGUCUCCCACGUUUUGUCUACUAUGACUGUUAGAAGAUGACUAGAAUGUUUCAUUGUAUCUAAUUAUAACUUUUCCAAGAGUUGUAGAUACUUGAGGAUGGUUUUAAUAACUAUUAGAUUAUAUAUUUAUAAUUUGAUGUUUGAUCUGGUUC